CGGCGAAAGGGCAACUACGCCGAGCGGGCCGGGGCCGGCGCGCCGGUCUACCUGGCGGCCGUGCUGGAGUACCUGACGGCCGAGAUCCUGGAGCUGGCGGGCAACGCGGCGCGCGACAACAAGAAGACGCGCAUCAUCCCGCGCCACCUGCAGCUGGCCAUCCGCAACGACGAGGAGCUCAACAAGCUGCUGGGCAAGGUGACGAUCGCGCAAGGCGGCGUCCUGCCCAACAUCCAGGCCGUGCUGCUGCCCAAGAAGACCGAGAGCCACCACAAGGCCAAGGGGAAGUAGUCUGGCGCGCGGUGGAACCGAAUCCUUAAACCAAAGGCUCUUCUUAGAGCCACACAUCUUUUCAAAAGAACUUGACAUUUUUCCGUGUAGAGUACGUCAGAGCCAACGGGAAAACACCCCGAUCUUUGUGA